AUGACGCAUGCAUUUCUAUUGUCGGAACUGACCAACUUGAUAUCGGAUUCCAAGCGCAGAAGCAAUGAUGUGCGUACUGCCGCCGAGCAGUCGCUGGCCGACCUCAAGGCCAUCACUUUCACCUCAGAAACGCAGCUGGCCGGCGACCUCCUACGUCGAGUGCACUUUGUCGACCCGUUUGUCCUGGCAUGCAAGACCAAGAACUCCAAACUAGCAACUAUUGGGACAGUUUGUCUACAAAGGUUGACAGCAAGCAGGGCUGUUCCUCGGUCUAGGCUACCCGACGUUCUUGAUGCCUUCCAUGACGGAGUCAAUUCUGGCUAUGACCCGCAGCUCAAGAUACUGCAGACGCUGCCUUCACUCCUCCAACUAUACGGGGACGACUUGAGAGGAGACUUGCUGGCUCGUACGUUGGAAAUUUGCGCCGCUCUGCAGUCCAGCAAGACUGCCAUUGUAAGCUAUACAGCAGCUGCAACGUUCCAACAACUCACCACAACUGUAUUUGAGCAAGCCUGCCGGAGGAAUGAAGCCAUUACACGUGACAAUGGAACUGAGGAAGUCUCUGCAUCAGGCCGAGAAUCAUCUGAUGCUAGCUCGAGUGAUGCAGUCCACUUGUUCCGCGACCUCUGCCUCUUGCUUGACCAAGAGCAGCCGCAAUUUCUGAAAAUCGAGAGCCUACCUUCUACUUUUCUCCUCGACACACUCAACACUGUAUUCUCAGUACACAGCGCAUUUUUAACCUUGUUCUCGGGUCAAUUACAGGACUGCUGGAGCCAUCUAGUUAACGGUCUCUCCCGAAUCAUAGGACGGAAAGAUGCGUUUGGUCAGGUUGUCCAAGCAUUAUCGCUCAUUCUACUUAUUUUGCAAAGUUUUGCCGAGAACAUGCAAUCGCAUCUGACACCUCUCUUUCCGACUCUUCUUAAUGCCCUCGAGAAAGAAGGCAACCCAGUCUGGAAGCGAGCAUUGUGUCUCGAGUUCUUCCGCAGCAUCUGCUCUGAUUUUGCACUUUUCAGAAAUACCUUCAAUGUUUUCGACAACGAUGAUAAACAAGAAAAGUUAGUGGGGCCGUUCAUGUCAGCCUUGGUUCGGAUUGCAGCCGAAGAUCCUUCAUUGAUUGGACUUGGUCGUCAAUCGACCAUACCCGUACAACAGACCAAUGACGCCGAAAGCGAAGAGGCAGCGUCUAUCGAAGCUCAGGGCCUGGGCGGUGCCAUCACGUCCGUCUCUACAGGAGACUCAAGCGCAGUUGGAAUCAGCAUGAAUUGGAGUGUACUAAGUGUCCCACUUUUGCAUCAGCCUGACAAACAGAGCCCUCCUGCGGUUCCUAGCACUUACAUCUAUGCUCUUGUGCUGGGUUGCAUUGCGUCUCUAUGUGAUGGCUUGUCAAAGUUUGUGAUGCCACUCAGUGUUCCGAGUCGAUCUACACGGCGAGACUCUACAGAAGAUAUAUCACGGGAUAGCGCUGUUCGGGACGGCGUGGAAGACGGAAGCCCGCGCAGACAGAGCCGCCCUGCGCCUGCUGCUGGCAGGUACCAGCGACUUAUCAACCCCUUGAGUCUAUCUCAACAGCCACAAUUGUCCGCAAUUCAAACAUGUGCUUCGAUUAUUGAGACAUGCUGGCCCGCUGCGCUUGCCACUUGCUCGACCUUUUUGAACUCGGCUUUGGAUUCCGAGUUCUACCAUGUCUUGAUCAGAUCUGUCCAAAAACUUGCUCAGGUGUCGGGCGUGCUUGAGCUCUCGACACCGAGAGAUGCACUGCUCACUACCUUGGCCAAAUCCUCGAUUCCGGCAAACUCAACAAGCCUAAUCUCAAAUGCUCAGUACACUAGGCCAUCAACCCGGGGGGGACCGUCUGAUCAGGAUGUUACCAACAGUGACUCCAGAUCUCUGGCUGAAUUAUCCCCCACGCCUACUUUGCAGAACCAAGCUCAACCUCUCAAUGUUCGUCAUCUACUAUGCCUUCGAGCCCUGUUGAAUCUCGGGAUAGCCCUCGGACCAACACUUGAACAACCUGCUUGGAAUAUUGUGAUCGAGACCAUGCAGACAGUUGAAUCAUUGAUUGCAAUACCGUCUGCAGUGUCGACAGCCUCACAAUUUGGCAGUCCGCAAAUCGGCGCUUCAGGUAGCGAUGGUCAAGCUACCCUGACAGGCGAAAUUGCUUCUGUACAAGCUGCAACCAAAAGAAUGAUAGACAGCACCAAGAGCUACACGCAAGAGUCAUUCUCCAUUCUCGUGAAGUCAUUCCUUCGUCUUCUUGGUCAAAGUGACAUGGACGGCGAGACACCCCUAAUUGAAGAGAAGGCCAUGCCCUCUCCUCCGUCGACCCCAACGAGGCUUACACCUGGUCGUCUCUCGCGGAAAGCCUCCGCCCUGUGGACAAAGUCGAGCACCCUAGAUCGAGAGAUUGGCUUCGUGCUCAACAAGAUUAGCGAGAUAUCGAGGGUGAAUCUUCACCGCUUCUCAACCAGAUCUGAAGAGUCCUGCUCAUGGGAUUUGAUAGGAAAACGACUUUUAAGAGUUAUUCGGGCAACUGACCUUUCGGAUAGUCACCGACUUCAGGCGGCUGGCAUACUGGAUCUAAUUGCUAUGGAGACUAUGAAACUUCUGGACAACCCUCAUCUGCAUGCCGAGGACGCCAACACCACUAGACUAAGAUGCUUGCAAACUUUGCUUGACCAGCUUGAAUCAUUUGGGUCUGAUGCCUCUGACGAUGCCCAGAAUGAGAUCCAUAAAAGGCUCCUUGAAGCGCUGGAAAGCAUGUUAAGCCAUAAUGGUGACUCAUUUGACAACGGAUGGCCCAUAGCGUUUAAAGUCCUAUCUAUAACAUUUUCCAGGACGAGCCGUCGUCGUCUGGCGAUCAGCGCAGCACUGCUCGAGGAGGAAGAAAGUGACGAGCAAAUUGCCCAAAUCCUUCGGACAUCAUUCAGGUCGAUUCAACUGAUUACGUCUGACUUUUUGAAUGUGCUCUCAGCGAGUUCGAUGUCAACUCUAUCUCAUUUACUCCGCAAAUACGGCUCACAGUUUGACGACCUGAAUGUCGCCCUAACAAGCACAACAUUACUCUGGAGCCUUGCACUGCAUAUCAUGACGAACAUUGACACCAUCGAACUUGAGACCAUGACAGCAAUGGAUGCCACUCUUGAGGAAAGCGAAGAUCCCAGUACAACGUCGGCGGCUCUCUGGAGUCUUACCUUACUUCAGCUAGUUGAGCUAUCCAAGGACCCACGGUCAGAUGUUCGUAAUGCAGCAAUCAGAGUGCUAUUGAAGAUGAUAGAUGCCUCCGCCGAAAGACUCACCCCAGGGGCGUGGUCAAUUGCUCUUGUGCAUGGCCCUUUGAAAGCUAUGCACGCCUGCAUAGAAGAAUAUACGUCUGAUGUCCAAGCCCAACCCGAAUGGCUAAGUUCGACCUCCCAAUUGACGGAUGGUAGCGUCCAGCUCAUAUGCGACAACCUGACAGUCAUCAUGCAACAUUCCAGCUUUGAUGCUACCUGGCUUCGAGUGAUAGAAGUUCUCGAAGCUACUUUGAGCCUGCAGUCGCUACAGGCUGCUUCGCUGGUAUUUUCGAAUCUCUCCAGGUUACUGAGUACUCUUCGAUCUCUCCAGAAAGUUGAGGAGAAAUCGGUCCUGCCUGCCCUGAAAUUAUGGGCGAUGCACUCUCCCGUGCAAAUCCAGAGUAAUGAGGUCCCAAAUCAAUCAGCGUUAUCUGCUCAUAUGCAUACAUUUGUCGAAGCCCACAAAGCUAGCCAUGCUGCUGUAACAAAGUUCGAGUUUAAUCAGAAUGACACCACAGCUCUGGCAAUGGACGCGAUAGAGAAGGCCGUCUUGAUGUGCACUCACCCACCAUACACGAAUGACGUUAAGAGUCUAGAACCAGAGCAAAAGGAGGCGUUGGAGGCGCUGAGCAUUUUGAAGGAGCUUCUACAAGAUGAUGUCGGACGUUAUUCGCGAUAUUUACUUCGCCUCGUGCGGCUCAGCCUGAAGAUUGAUGCCGGCAAAGUAGCCGUUCAGCACAAAAGGUCGGCCAUUCACAAGGCUGUACAAAAGCCCACUUUCAUCGCAUUUGCAUCUGCUUGCUUGGAAGCAUUCAACAUGCUGACACUCGAACAUGCCAAGGACGAAAACCUGAUCCACACCUUGGCCCUGGAAGAAGCUUUUCAGAUAUUCUCUGCGCUGAUCAAGACCAAAUACACGGAGCUAGCCACGAAUAACCAGGCUCCACUCUGGCGAAGGGCGACCGUCACUGCCGUCGUGUUGAUGGAGGCCCUCCAGAAGCACCUGAGGCAAGGAUCAAGGCAAAGGUUUAUUCCACAGGCGAAGUGCUUAGUUGAUGCGACAUCUUCCACCGCUGCGAGCAUACUGGGUCCUGGAGGAUUGGGCGGUUCCCCUCCGAAGCAGAAGGAAGAGGCGCUCCUCGAGGACGAAAAAUUCGACGUCGAACAUUUCCAGCUCUUCCAUAAAGCACUGAUGUUAGUCUUGAAGCACGACGACAUUCCGGAAGACGCAUGUCGAGGAUAUGCGAUCGCUCUGUUUCAGGCGUCACUUCUGGUGAAACCAUGGUUCCGCGAUUUCCCCGAUGAUCUCGUCGCGGAACCUCUGAAGGAUCUGCUCGUCAUCCGUCCAGGGAGUCUGCAUCAGCCUGUAUUCGUCGUGCGACGACAGACCUGCUAUACCGCGAUGGCCGCUCUCUUUGAUCUUGUGCAGCGUCCUGGCCACGAUGAUGGUAACGAUGUCGAUGGCGAUGGCGAAGAUGAAGAUGACAAUAAUGUUCGGGACGACUCCAGCAAGCUCUCGCGCGCGGCGUGUCCGUACCUGCUUCUCCGCGUGGUGCAUCCGCUGAAAACGUUCCUGGCUGACCAGCGACUAAGAGGCCUCACGCCGCCGCCUCUGGCCCAGCAAGCCGAGCUGGAGAUCGUGCUUGCCAAUUUCGUGGAGCUGCGCAGUCACAAUGCAGUGGUGCGAGAAGUCGCUGGGAGAGGGGGACGAGCUCAGCCGGACAGUAGCAGCAGCAGCAGCAGCGUCCCUGAACCAGGAGACGGAAAGGAGCACAUGCGCCUGCUAUACUCAUUCAUGUUGCGUGUGUACCGUUUCUGGCGUGCGCUGCCGAGGCUCAAAGGGCAGGAAGGCGCCUGGCAGACUGAUGAACCCGGGCAGGGGAUUGAGCGGGCCCUGGACCAGUGGGAGAGAAGCGUGGCCACGGGAUGGGGGUUCCAGUAA